UGCAUCUGGUCGGAAACUUGCUUGUGGAUUAGUGACGCGUCGACAGGCUCGGCGGUGAGCUGCUCGGAAGCCUUCUCUCUCUCCUUUUUAUGUACGCUCGUUUCAGCCUGGUGCGUGCGGUAUAAGGCUGGCUUUACUGUAAAACACCCGUGGCUAUCGAUACCUCAAAGCAGGUACUUUACUUUCAUGUCAGCAGCUCGCUUUGAUGCCAAUAACCCCUUCACCCGCGUCGCCAACCCUGCGCUCUUGCAACAGGUUCGGCUAGAGCUGCGGGCGCAGAGCAGCCGCACUGAGGAGGCUCUCUGCAGCUCACACAACGCUGAGGAGGGACUGCUAACAGGACCAAGGGACACGAGCUGCGAGGGAUGGACGGCAAAUGGACUAAAGUUGAAACCAGAAGAUAAAGUUGGGAAGUGGCUAUUGACCUUGGCUACCUGCUGAGCGGCUGAUUGAGAAUAAUUGUUUAUUGCAGUUUCUGCUGAAGGACCUUUACUCACAGCAGCUGAGCACAGUGUGAUCCUUAGGGACUCGGUAAAGUCUGUGGCAGGAAAGGAGAUCAGAUCAGAGAUACUGAAGUUAGAUUAACCCAGGAUAAGAUCAGCAAGCAAGACCUAAGGUGGUACAGAUCUCCAGCACUCAGGAUGAUGGCUUUGCCCAUCAGAGAACCACCCCAGAGGCGGCGCUCUUUCGGCCCUGUGUCCCCCAAGCGCAUCUACAGGAACCUGUCAGUCCGACUCAGAGGAGGGACUUCAUCGGAUCACUUGCAGGCUGCUGCUGUUGUCAAGGCCGAGAGAGGAUGGCACAGGAAGUCCGUCCCAUCAAGCCCGCAGUACCUGUCUGUGUGGGAGGCCAUUGAGAAUGACGACAUUGAAGCCAUUCACCUCAUGCUGGGCAAGGCCAGUGUUCAAGAGGAACUCAAUCGGCUCACCAGUGAGGGUCUGGUUCCCCUGGAUAUGGCAGCCCUCAUGAAUAACACCCCUCUGGCAAAGAUGCUGACACGUGCGGGUGCCAGAGACAAUCCCAAUUUUUCCCACGCUGCCGAGCGUGAGGCACACCUUUGCAGCCUGAUUUCUGAAGCGGGACACAGGGUGCAGCAACUACAGGAUGCUGUAAACGAGACCCCAGAAAAGCGCAGGGAGCUGAGAAUCUGGACGCUGAGGCAAAAAAUGUACUGCCAAAUGCAAGAGAACUUUCAGCAGAUGGAUGCCCCAAGUACUCCGUGUAAUGUCACUGUCCUGGUUACCAGUGCGACAGGGCUGACCGUUUAUUUCCAGGAGCCCUGCAAACCAAAAUGUGGCAUCAUCACUCGCUAUAAAGUGGAGUGGAGCUGCUCGGCAAACUUUGACCCCUUGUGUGGUUCGGAGACAAUUCAGAAACUCAAGUGCACUCAGUACACCAUCACUGGACUUACUUCGGGGGUAAAAUACUUUGUGCGUGUGUCAGCCUACAACGUGAAGGGCUGGGGGCCAGCUCAGAUCUCCAGUCCACCCAGUGCCAUUCCUUCCAGCUGGAAGGAGUGUUCUGGUAUCAAAGUCAGAGGAAAGGAGCAGGCAGAAAGCAUGGGGAAGCUACUGGAGCAAGUCAAAGAUCCUCUGUACCGGGGAUAUUUCAUAGAGACUUCCAAGGUGCACACUCCCAGCAAGAGACUGUCUGUGUCGAGAAGCCUCAAGUAUCUGUUCCAGUCCGCCAGCAAGUUUGUUCGCAACUUGCAGAGAGGAGUGUAUUUGGCAGCCAUUUUCUACCAAAAGGACAAGAUCCUGGUGACACAAGAGGAACAGAUCCCAUUAGUGGAGAUUGACAGCUGCUCAACGUCAGUCAUCCAGGAGUUCCACUGGUUUGCAAAGCUGUCCUGUGCCUGGAAGGACAUCCAGUGGCUGCAGCAAGGCAUGACGUCUGCCUUAUCAUUGUCUUCAUCGAUUCUGCAAACCCGCCAGAAGAUUCUUCUUGCUGUGUCUCAACUGCAGAGCUCUCUGGGUACUGAGGAUCUGGGCCAAGUCUACUAUGAACCCAUCAAGGACCAGCAAGGCAAUGUUCUGCUGGUGACUCUCCAGGAACACUCCAUCCCCCAAGCCCUUGAGACAUUGCACUGGACCUCCAUUAGCAGCUUUCAGCGGGACAAGAAGAAGAGCUGCUUGUCAGCAGAGUCUACUGCUGUAGAUGUGCUGAUCAGUGCACUCAAGGAGAAACUGGCCUACCACAGGUACAGCAGCCAGAUCUCACCCCCUGGUCUCUACCUGGGCUUUCUCAAGCUGUGCAGCUCCGUGGACCAGAUCAAGGUGUUGGUCCCACAGAAACUGCCUAACCUGCUGUGUCACAUGCGCAUUCGUGAGAAUAAGCACAUUUCACGGGAGGAGUGGGAUUGGCUGCAGAAUCUAUCAACAAGGAGUGAUGUGACAGAUCUGAAGAAAGACUUGGACUUCAGCCACAACUUGUUUUUGAAAGAGCUGAGGGCAGCAAUCACUCACCUAUUGAUGAGGCUCGAUAUUCCACUAACUAAGGCUAGAAACUACCGUCUAUACACACAGGAAGUGCUGGAAUUUGGAGACAAGGUGUCUUUCCUCCUGUUACUUCCACCGUCAGAGGACAUUUGCUCUGCACCUGGGCAGGAUGGGCAUCUGAGCGGCUUCCUGACUCUCCCCUUGCAAAUGUUUGAAAUUGUUCACUUUUCAACAUACGAGUAUCAGUUCUUCUCCAAGUACUGUCAAGCUUCGGUAUUGCUAGAGCUGGACUCACAGCUGUCCCAGCAGGCUUUGAGAGAAGCCUUGGACACACAAGAGGUGACAGAAGCCAAAGAGAGACAUGAUCAAGUGAUGGGGCUUAUCCAGCGUGUGGAUGACCUGUGGCGGGAGGUGCGAUGGAUAACAGAUGCCCUCCAUUAUGUACGCUACAAACAAAAUUGCAGUGACACUCGCCUGCUGUGGAUCAUGGAGCAAACCAUAACCAAGGACAGCGAUGAGAACCUCGAUUUCUACCUUCACCAUGCUCCUUCUUUGCCAUCGUGUUCAGACUGCAGUGACAGAAUUGAUUCCAUCCGUGAUUCCCAAAGCAGCUUGGACAAGGAUGACGUUUUCUGGUUGACAGAUGGCAACUCAGUAUCCGCCAGCCCAUCCAGUCCUGAAGAAGCCAAUUACCCAUUCUAUCAAGAAGAAGAGAGUUCCCCAAGUAGCAGGGGACGCAAGGUCUUGAAAUCCAGGGUGUCCGAUGUAGACAUGAGUAAGACUAAGUUGCUCCAGAAUCGAUUCCACUCCCUGCCCAGGACAAAGAAGGAAUGGCACAGCGAGAAGUACCGCGAGUCAUUGACUACAGAAAUGCCCAGGGCGACACGCCUGCCCGAAAGGAGCUUAGUGGAGUGGAUCAAUGCCCCUCAAGAGACAUGAAGCACAACUCCAUCCACAUAUGAAAAACAUCAAACUGACUUAUUUUACUUGCAGUCUUUGGUUUGUGAAGAGGAUGAUAAGAGGCUAACAUGGAUUUUUGCUGUGGCCUGCACCUUGAGGCAGUAUAAAACAAUCCUAUAGGGCCACCAGUUUCAAAGUUCAGACAUCUGAGCCAACUUGAAGGAUUUUCCAGAUAUUUGAGUUUGUGGAGUCUUGUUUCAAGUUGAAGACUAGAUGGGAUUCAAUGGCUGGCAAUCUAAACUUUUUGGUGUGGCAGUAAACAGGAUUCGCCAUUUUAUUCCAUCGAGACACUGAUAAUUUUGUUUUGUGAUUUUCUUUGAACUCUGUAAAUAUUACACAUGCAAAAUAUGUUGUAAAAAUAUUUAUGUGUUGUGUCUGUGGGAGAGCUCUUGUAAUUAGAAUACAUCUGUUGCCAUUAAAAUACUACAGUACAAUUACCA